CACUGAUGACGUCGUGAACUUUACAUAUUUUGCGCUACCCACCCGCAUACCCACCUACUUUCAACUAAGGAGAACUUGGAGAGCGUGACUUUUGGAUGUCGUUAGAAGGUACAGAGUUAAUAGUGCAAUGGACAGUGCAGCAGGUAAAAAUCAGAUGCAGAUGCAGUCUGGAGUACCUGUCCCACCAGGAUACGUGGCUCCACCUUCUGGCUUUAUGCCUGCUCCAUCAAGACCAAUAGGUUGCCCUCCUGGACUUGAAUAUUUGACUCAGAUUGACCAAGUGCUUAUUCAUCAGCAGAUAGAACUCGCAGAAGUCAUUUUUGGUCUUCAGUUCAAUAAUAAAUAUGAGAUUAAAAACAGCCUUGGGCAAAAAAUUUUUUUUGCUGCUGAAGAAAAUGACUUUUGCAACAGAUGCUGUUGUGGACCUCUACGUUCUUUUGUGAUAAAGAUUAUGGAUAAUUUUAACCAAGAGGUAAUUGAAGUAAGGAGACCUCUCAGAUGUGGAGGAUUUUGCUGUCCUUGCUGUCCUCAGGAGCUGGAAGUACAUGCACCACCAGGAACGCCUAUUGGUUAUGUUGUACAGAACUGGCAUCCAUUUAUCCCUAAAUUCACGAUACAAAAUGAAAACAGAGAACCUGUUCUAAAAAUACAGGGUCCAUGCUGUGGUUGCAGAUGUUGUGCUGAUGUUAAUUUUAAGGUUUUGUCUCUUGAUGGAAAUUCUGAAGUUGGGAUGAUUACUAAGCAGUGGGGUGGAAUUCUAAGAGAAGCAUAUACUAAUGCAGAUAACUUUGGAGUACAAUUUCCAAUGGACCUUGAUGUUAAAGUGAAAGCUGUAAUGCUGGGUGCCUGCUUCCUUAUUGAUUUCAUGUAUUUCGAACAUAAACAGGAUAAGUAAAUUGUAGAUGUUUACAAGGAAUGAUUACAUGGAAUUGUGGUGGGAUCAAAGUGACAUUCUUCAGCAAAUAUCAAAAAAUAUUAAAUUUUAAUAACUGUGGAUGUCCUGUAUUAUACUGUAUUCAGCUCUAUAUAUCUAAAUUUAUAAAAUUGAUUAAAUGUUUCACUCCUUUUAUCUUAUUGCACCCAUAUUUGACAUAAAUGGUGUUAUCUACAUUAAAAUUAACUGUGAAGCCUUUAUUGUCAAAACAAAAUUCAGUAAAGCAUGUCAGUUGUAGAAUAUGAAUGUUUUACCUUUUAUAUGAUGUUAUUUUUGAUAUAUUUGUUAAUUUAACAGGUUACUGUAACAUAUGAAUGUAAGCUUAAACUAUGUCACUUUUAUAUGCAAUCAUAUUUGUGUGAUUUUUAAACUUUUUUACUCUGAUUCUUUUGAAUAUUUUUACUUCCUAAUAAAUCAAUUUUUUAAAG